AUGCAGGAGACCGACGGGGGCAGCCCUCCGGCCGGGGUCCGGGGCAAGCGCAAGGCGGCCGGCCGGGCCCCGGAGCAGCCCCCGGCCCGGUCCAAGAAGCGCUACAGCCGCCACGCUAAGCCCCCUUACAGCUACCUGGCCAUGAUCGCCCUGGUCAUCACCGCCUCCCCGGGGAAGAAGCUGAAGCUCGCCCAGAUUACGCGUCAAAUUGGAGCUUUCUUUCCCUUCUUCAAGGAGAGCUACCUGGGCUGGAAAGACUCCAUCAGGCACAACCUGUCGGCCAAUGAUUGCUUCCGAAUGGUGCUGAAGGAUCCGUCCAAGCCGAAAGGCAAGGGGAACUACUGGACGGUGGACGUGGACCGCAUUCCCCCGGAAGCCCUGAAGCUGCAGAACACGGCCAUCACUCGCCAAGGGGAAGUGGCUUUUGCCCCCGACCUCAGCCCUUUUGUGCUGAAGGGCCUUCCCUACGUGCCUCCCGGCGGUGCCCCGGCCCCCCAGUCGCCCCUCCCAGCCGAAGACCUCCCCGUGAAGGAAGAGGAGACCCCCGAGCCUCUGGGCAAGAAGACCUUCACCAUCCACUCUCUGCUGAAGCCCCCCAGCGAGGAGGGGAGCUCUGGAUCAGGGUCCCCGAACUCCGACGUGGCCUCCGUCAGCCGCCUCCACCCUCUGGGCGAGGGCAGCCAGGGGGAGCCUUGCCCGCCGGCCAGCCCUCAAGCACAGCUGCCCCCCACUUGCUGCAGAGACUGCUUCCAGGUGCCCCCUUGGCACAACCAUGGCACUUUGCCCCCAGUUCGGGGACCCUUCCCCCUGCCCACCUUUCUCACCAUCCCGGCUUCGCUCAGCUUGCCCUGUUGCACUUUAGGCCCGGCCCCGUACGGGGGUUCUCCUUACUGGAACUGGGUGACAGCCCCCUGCCCUCCUCACCCGUAUCCGGGCCUCGCUGUCGCCCCGGGGGAAGUACAGCAAGCUGGCUGGGCACCGGAUGCCCCCUGGCUGUCUCCUCUGCCUUGGGCGGUCCCCUUCCAGGCCCUGCCCCCCCACCAUUGCCCCCCUUUCUGAGGGAAGCCUGCAAGGGCACCCCGAUUCAGAGGAAGGAGCUGGCCGAGAUUCCCCCGAAUGGAAGUGUACAAAUUCCCCUAUUUAUUCUGCGUGUGUCGCAACUUCACAAGAUGCCUUUUCUGGUGGGCUCUGUCCUUGGGGAAUCCCCCUUUCAGCCUGUGCUUGGAAACCAACUGUGGGAGCCCCUCGCGUGCCUG